UUUUGUCUCCGUCAUUUAUCCCGGCGGUAUCGCGGUUCUUAGCGUCCUCUGAUCUCUGAGCCUUCCCCAACCUAGAGAGCUUUUCCUUUCGCGCUCUGAUUCCAGGACCUUCUCCACGACUAAGCCAUCCUCCCUGCCAGGUGUCCUUUUGAUGUCUUGACCUCUGUUUUAUCAAGGUCAGCUCCAAGGUUCCGAACUCGGGCGUGGGAUGUGAGGGGUUACAGAGCCUGAAUUCUCUGGUCUUUAGCCCUGGGCUCCAAAUUCCCGCCGUUUAGGCGCCCCACCCUAGAGCCAAGCCUUGAUUCCCGAGUUUCUAAAACUCGCCUGGGAUAAUACAGUAACUCUUAAUUAAAUUCCUCUCCGAGCCUUGCAACCCAGCCCCAAACCACAAAUCUAGUUCCGGAUAAGGGAUCCGCCCUGUUAACCCCUGCUUCCAUUGUUCCAAGUGUCAUUCCUUGUCCUUUCAGGCCCACUCUUCACCCAAGUUCUGGAACUCCACGCUAAAACUUUCAGAACGUCCAUGCCUGCAACUAACUCAUUUUUAGAGUAUCCAUCUGGCCCCGAUUCUUGAUCUUCCAGCACUUGCAUGUCAUAGACCCCAAAAUGAUUUCUCGAUGUUCUCCCCUGGUAGACCCCCCAGCCCCUCCACAAACCCUUGUUCCCCAAACCCCCAUCACUCCACUUCCUCUACCCCCAAAUGUCCCCAAUUUAGCUUUUCCACCUCCCUCAAGUCUCCAGGCCCCUAUCCCCCCACCCCCACCCCCACUGCCACCUCCACCCCCUGUCAGGGGGCUGGCUCCCCCUCAUGUCUUUGGCCUAGAGAAGAGCCAGCUCCUGAAGGAGGCCUUAGAGAAGGCUGGCGCAGUCCCCAGGAGCAGAGAUGACGUGAAGAGGCUCCUGAAGCUGCACAAGGACCGUUUCAGAAAUGACUUACAAUGGAUCCUCUUCUGUGCAGACGUGCCGUCCCUCAUCCAGGAAGGCCCUCAGUGCGGGCUGGUGGCCUUGUGGAUGGCAGGCACACUCCUGGCACCACCCAGCGGCAUCCCCUUGGAGAGACUUGUGGAGAUAGCCAUGAAGAGAGGCUACACGGCCCAGGGAGAGAUGUUCUCUGUGGCCGACAUGGGCAAGCUGGCCCAGGAGGCACUGGGCUGCCAGGUGGAGCAGCUCCAUGGUGGCCUGGGCGGUCCCAACAGAGCCCGCGUCCUGUGGCACCUUGUCUCUGGGCAUCCCCUGCUCAUCCCCUACGAUGAGGAUUUCAACCACGAGCCGUGUCGUAGGAAGGGCCACAAGGCCCACUGGGCAGUGAGCACAGGGGUUCUGCUGGGCGUGCGGGCUGUGCCGCACCUCGGCUACUCUGAGGACCCCGAGCUGCCAGGUCUGUUUCACCCGGUGCCCACCACGCCCCACCAGCCACCAGCCCUGCCAGAAGAAGGCUCCGCAGGAGCCGUCUACUUUCUCUCCAAGCAGGGCAAGAGUUGGCAUUACCAGCUGUGGGACUAUGACCAGGUCCGGGACAGCAACCUCCAGCUGACGGACUUCUCACCCUCAAGGGCCGCCGACGGCCGGGUGUACAUGGUACCUGCUGGCGGAGUGCGGGCCGGCCUCUGUGGCCAGGCCCUGCUGCUCAGACCAUGGGACUCCAGCCCCUAGCCUGCCUCAGCCCUGGGCCGGGCUGACGGGGUCCCGGCCACAGCUUGGCUUUGUCACCAUGAGAAGAGUGCCCCGGUUUCUCCCUUUGCAAGAGCUCACGGAUGUGGGCCGUGUUCCCCAGGACCUCCAGCCAGAGACCCUCCACGCAGAGGCCCCCUGCCACCCCAGUCCGUCUAGUCCCAGUCCCCUUCUCUCACGCCCACCCUGCAGUAUCGGGCUUCUGAUGCAUGGCUGGGAUCCAAGCCAGGAGCCAGUCAAACAAGCUCCCUCUCCAGGAAAGAGACUCACCGGAGGCGGCCUGCAGGUCCUGCCUGUCUGCCCCACCCCGAUGUUGCAUCCAGACAUUUCUUUCUGGUGACCAGCCUCCUCUCUCUGGACACCUGCAGAAGCCUUCUCACUGCACCGCUUGCCGCCCCCCUGCGUCCAUUCCCGUAGAGCCUAGGAUGCCUUGCCUUUCAAAAUACAAACCAGGUCUUACCACGUACCUCGGCAGAAUCUUCCAGCAGCUCCUUAUUGCUCACAGGACAGGGAUUAAACUCUCCCAGCCCCAGCUCAUCUAGCCACACUGGCCUUCCAGGUCCCCAGAGUGUCCUACUCCCCUGCACCCAAUCCUCUGCUAAGGAUAACUCCUUAAUUCUCUAUUUUGGCUCAUCUUUCUCUUAAUUCUCUAUUUUGGCUCAUCUUCCUUGGGAAGACUCCCUAGCCUCAGGCAUGGCUCCUCCCCCACCUUGCCUUCUGGCUUAGAAACACACAGAAAGUGCUAACAUGUGCCAACCCCUUUGCCCAUUUUAACUCCUCAGAUUCUCCAUGUAAGGAAGGGACUAGUUCUUCCUCCAUUUUACAGGUAGAGAGACUGAGGCCCGGAGAAGUGUGUGAGGUCUGGCUUGAGGUCAUGGCUGGCUAGUGGCAGGGCCAGGAUGCAAACUGGUAGUUAGUCGUUGUACAGAUGUGGGUGGAGAAAGAGGUUCCUGAUUGAACAAAGACCCGUCGCUCCCACUCUGAAAGGGGAGGAGCAGGUCUGUCUUGGUCCCAUGUACUCAGUGCCGGGCAAAGGGUCUUGUUUAGAGAUGCUGUCCAUUGCGGUGUUUCUCCCCUGAAGAGAGCACCCCCGCCCUCACGCCUCGGACCCCACAGUUGGCACUGUCCAGUGUGCUGUCCUGGGAGGCCCUGAGGGCGCAGCCGGGAGCUGUCCCACUUAUGAGUCUGUUCCCCACGUUGUCCAACACAGAGAGAGGUUAGAAGAGCAGCGGCCAGGUGAACUCAGACUGAAUGAUCCCAUGACCCCACCCAGCACCGACAGUGAAACCGGGAGCCUGGAGCCCACACACCCCAGAUGCGAAAGAAAAAAAUCCACAAAGCUGA